ACCGUGUCUCUGAGGGGCGUUGAAAAAUGGCGUCAAUGGCACACAAGUCGCUGCUCUUGAGGCGUGCCUUCACCACUCUCUCAUCUCGACCGCCACAACCACCUCCUCUUCCUUCUCGAAUAUUCCUUCAACCAACCCAAUCUCUCACCUCCACCUGCUCCCUCCCUCACUUCAAACCUCAAUUCCGCUUCUGCACUUCUCCCCUCUCUGCGUUACCCGACAACGCUUCCGGCGGACCACGUGGCCCUCGCGGCCCCAAUUCCGGCUCCGGCGGAGGUGGCGGAGGAGGAGAAGGAGAAGAAGGAGCAGGUGGUGAAGAUAAGUGGUCCUUCUUGUCAUGGUAUUUGGCUCUUCUUGAAAAAUACCCUGUUGCAGUAAAAGCUAUAACAUCUGCAAUUUUGACAUUAAUUGGAGAUUUGAUUUGCCAGCUUGUAAUAGACCAAUCGCAGUCUAUAGACUUGAAGAGGACAUUCACUUUCACUCUGCUUGGUUUUAUCUUAGUAGGUCCAACACUGCAUUUCUGGUACUUGUAUCUGAGUAAACUGGUUACACUACCUGGAGCAUCAGGUGUACUAUUGCGGCUUGUAAUUGAUCAGUUCUUAUUUGCUCCCACAUUUAUUGGGGUUUUCUUAGCUACAUUGGUGACACUUGAGGGAGGGCCAUCACAAGCUGUACCCAAACUUAAGCAGGAGUGGUUUUCAUCUGUUGUGGCAAAUUGGCAAUUAUGGAUACCUUUUCAAUUUCUCAACUUCAGUUUUGUUCCACAGCAAUUCCAGGUUCUUGCUGCUAAUGUUGUAUCUUUGGUAUGGAACGUUAUUCUCUCAUUUAAGGCACACAAAGAAGUUGUUACAAAAUAGGUAAGUUUAAUAUUCAGUGAAUGCAAAGGACCUAAAUGUAACUGCCUUUAUUAUACUUAGGAGCUCAAAAUUCAAAUGCAUAUGAGCAUGACUGCGUGAAUGUUACUGUAAACAAGCAUGUUCCAUAAACUCGAAUUUAGAACGUUUGUAAUCUGAUUAUUGCCAUAUUCAAUGCUAGAUUUACAACGUACUACCUCAA